AUGAGUUCGGGUAAUAGGGACCUUUCAGUGGACAAUCCGUUGCAAUGGAGAGAUCUUAAUAACACAGAGGAAUUUAUGCGAAAAUUGCAUGAGAUUUACAUGAAAAGUGUGAAGCCUCUUGAGGACAUAUACCUGUAUGAGGUACUUUCCCCUCGGUGGUUUGAAGAGACUCUUUCCAGUUAUAAACCUAUAGUUACCUUCUUGGGACCGUGGUCAGCCGGGAAGAGUACAUUUAUUAAUUACCUCUUGCAGGACAAUUACCUUUUUACGGGACCUCAGCCAACCACUUCAGAGUUCACCGUCAUCACUUAUGGCGAUGAUGUGACCACGUUGGACGGUCACGUCGUUGCCAGCACAAAGGACCUCCCUUUUAGGGCUUUAGCCAACUUCGGAGAGGGAUUUAUGGGCAACUUCUGUGGGUUGCAGGUCCCGCAUGAGCUCUUAAAGCGUGUUGUACUCGUUGACACUCCAGGUGUGUUGGAAAAUUCCACCGACGAUAGGGAGCGGCGCUACAAUUAUACUGAAGUGUGCCGAUGGUUCGUGGAACGUAGUGACAUGGUUUUCCUGCUGUUUGACCCCGCUAAGCUCGACGCUGGUACCGAGUUGCGUAAUCUGUUCAGGUACACUUUCAAGGGAAUGGAGGGGAAACUUCGCAUUGUUCUAAAUAAGGCCGACAGUGUCGCGAAAAAGGAACUGAUGCGUGUGUACGGCAGCCUUUUUUGGAAUCUGUCUACGUUGAUUCGCUGCACAGAACCACCGCGGGUGUACAUUGGCAGUUUUUGGGAUCAGCCGUACAAACCGGGUACGUUUGCGCUGCUCUUCACGAAGGAAAAGGAGGAUCUGCUUUAUGAGCUGACGGAGUUGGUUCCCCGGCAGGCACGGGACAGAAAAGUCGCUGCUCUUAUAAGCCAUGCAAAGAAAGUCGUUUGCCACGCGUACAUUGUAGGUGGAAUCCGGGCAGAUCUCCCGAUGUUUUUCGGUAAAGAAAAGGCUAAACGCAAAGCAUUGGAGAAUUUGCCGAAAACAUAUCAGUUGGUUGCAUCCAGAAAUCGACUCAGCCCGAAGGAUCUUCCUCCUGCGCAGCUGUACCAUGAAUACUUCGAGAAGGUGCACCUUGAAAAACUCCCAGAUAUAAAAAAGGUUGAGAAAACGGGGAUGAUAACGACCGCUCAACAUUACAUUUGCAAUAUUUUGCCCAGUAUGUUCUACCCUAUGAAGCAAGUCCCCGUUCCAGACCCACGGAAUAAGACGGAACAAGGGAAGUUGCGGGAAAUGUACUACGGGGGUCUGCGUGACCAAUAUGAUGGAAAGGAAGGUAAACAGGGAAGCAGUGAUACAGUGCCAAUCGCCUUUCGGGAGACCGCGCUUGGUCCAAAUCCAGAACUACGUGGUGGAUGCGGCCAGCUUACUGUGCCGGGGGCAACGGCAAACACCACUCCCGCUAUGAAUAACGUCCAAAUGAAUGAACAGCAACAACAAAUGCUCAUGCAGAUGAUGAUGAUGAUGCAGCAACAGCAGCAGCAAGGGAACAACCAGUUCUAUGCUCCACGGUAG